AUGAUGAUGACCCGGCAGGUCGUGGCCAAACCCCGUAGACCGGCUCUAAGGGGAGCUGGUUACCUGCUGCAUGCUCAGUCCUCCUCCUGUCUGUCGCUAACAGAGGAACUUUUCCUGGAAGCUGCUGAAUAUGGAAACAUCCCCGAGGUGAGGCGGAUGCUGGAGGAGCUGCCAGGACUGGAUGUCAACUGUGUGAACUACAUGGGCCUGAAUGCGUUACAGCUGGCUGUUGCCAACGAGCAUUUAGAGGUGACGAAGCUCCUGCUCAAGAAGAAAGACCUCUGCAGGAUAGGAGACGCUUUACUCUUAGCCAUCAGUAAGGGUUACAUCCGUAUAGUGGAGGCCAUACUGACCCAUCAGGCCUUUGCAGAUGGUCAGAGACUGACUCACAGUCCCAGCCACGCAGAAACACACCAGCACUUCUUUGCCUACGACGAGGAGGGCACACGCUUCUCUCACGACAUCACUCCAAUCAUCCUGGCGUCGCAGUGCCACGACUAUGAGAUUGUGCACGCGCUCUUUAUGAGAGGAGCCCGAAUAGAGAGACCCCAUGAUUACUUCUGCCAGUGCAGGAUCUGCAGCGAGCAGCAGAGGCGUGACUCGUUCAGCCAUUCACUGUCCCGUAUUAACGCAUACAAAGGGUUGGCGAGCCCGGCGUAUCUGUCCCUCUCCAAUGAAGAUCCCGUGAUGGCGGCCCUGGAGCUGGGAAAUGAGCUCGCAGUUCUCGCAAACGUUGAGAAGGAGUUUAAGGUGCAGGGAUGAGAGAAUACACACACCUGUGUUUUUGUUCAUAAACGAGUUUCUGAGUGUUGACUUUGCUUUUUUACAGAAUGAAUAUCAGAAACUGUCCAUGCAGUGCAAAGACUUUGUGGUGGGGCUCCUGGAUUUGUGUCGAAACACGGAGGAGGUGAAGGCCGUCUUAAACGGGGACGCUGAGUCAAGUGAAAGCUCUCCGACCCUCAGCAGACAAAACCUGAUCCGGUUAAAGCUCGCGAUAAAAUACGAGGUCAAAAAAGUGAGCACUUAAGAUGAACUCUUAUCAAAGUACUUCAUCUUCUCUGUCUUUACACCCCGUGAUGUUUCUUCUCUUUUCUUCUUUCUCUCACAUUUUCACACUCUCAUCAUGCAGUUUGUCGCACAUCCAAACUGCCAACAGCAACUCCUCUCCAUCUGGUACGAGAACUUGUCAGGACUUCGUCAGCAGACCACGGCGGUAAAGGUCCUUCUGGUCCUCGGUGUCGCUGUCGGGUUGCCCGUCUUGGCCUUUGUUUACUGGAUAGCGCCAUCAAGCAAGGUUAGUCACCAAAGAAGAUAGACAAAAAAGUUGUGCGGUCUGAAAGAUAUUAAUCUCUGUCUUGUUUGUCCUUCUCGUUCUUCUUUCAGCUGGGGAAACUCAUGUGUGGACCUUUCCUGAAGUUUGUGGCUCAUGCAGCUUCUUUUAUAACAUUUCUUUGCUUACUGAUCUUGAACGCAGCCGACCGCUUCGGGGGAACGUCGCUGCUGCCCAACAUGACGACCCAUGAUGACCCCUCACAGCUGUUUCGAAUGAAAACCACCCCCUUCACCUGGAUGGAGAUCCUCAUCAUUUCCUGGGUCAUAGGUCAUUUUAGCUCUCAUCUCUAACUUGCUUUUGUUUCAUAUUGUUGAAUUUCAUCUCUCUGCUGUUCAUACAGGGUCAAGGAUAUUAGGAGUCAUUGGGGAGUUAUAAAACCCCCAAAAUCUAUAACUCCAGGAAAUUACCUGCAUAGAUAAUUGUUUAUUCUCAUAUUUGCACGAUCAUAAACCAGGCUGGUAAUGAUUUUCAGGGAGAAUCAAUUCGACUGUUCACCAUUUUCUGUUUUUGUCCCUAUAGGAAAGAUCUGGGAGGAAUGUAAAGAUAUCUGGUCGCAGGACAUCCGAGAAUAUCUCUCCGAGCCCUGGAACCUUCUCGAUUUCAGCAUUUUGGCCAUUUUUAUGACCUCCUUUAUCGCCAGGUUAAUGGCGUUUUGGCAUGCGUACUCUGCUCAGUGUUAUGUUGACAAGCACUACAAAGGCCGGUCCAACAUGAGCUUACCCUUUGAGAUACAGUAUUUUCAGCUGGGUGAGUGUGGACCCAAGAUUUCAUGUCUAAGUCGUGGUGAUUAAAUGCUGUUUUCAGAGAGUGUAGUACAACCAGAGACGUUUUAAUAGUUUUGUUUGAAACGGGGACAAGAAAGUGACAAAAAAGCAUUUAUUUCAGACUUGAUUUUCUGUAUUAUUUUGGCCUAAUAACUGCGUUUCUUCUCAGCUCGAAUCUACUGGAUGCCCUCAGACCCCCAGCUCAUUUCCGAAGGCCUCUACGCCAUCGCGGUCGUGCUGAGUUUCUCGCGCAUCGCGUACAUCCUCCCCGCCAACGAGAGCUUCGGUCCUCUGCAGAUCUCUCUCGGAAGAACAGUGAAGGAUAUCUUUAAGUUCAUGGUGGUUUUUAUCACGGUUUUUGUGGCUUUCAUGGUGGGGAUGUUCAAUCUGUACUCGUACUACCUCGGAGCCAAGCACAACGACGCCUUCACCACGUGAGUGUAACCUUCACUGUCGCUCUGUUUGAAUAUUUACCACGUUGGACUAAUUCAGUUUCCGUGUCUUCAUCUCUCAAGGCUUGAGGAGAGUUUUAAGACGCUCUUUUGGGCCAUUUUCGGCUUGUCAGAAGUGAAAUCCGUGGUCAUUAACAUCGACCAUAAGUUCAUAGAGAAUAUCGGAUAUGUUCUGUACGGGGUUUACAACAUCAUCAUGGUGAUUGUGCUGCUGAACAUGCUCAUCGCCAUGUUUAACAGCUCCUUCCAAGAAAUCGAGGUACUGUGAAGAUCAUUUUGUUCCUCUAUCAUGUCAGAUUUUAUGACACAGAUCAGAUAAAGUGGUUAAAGUUUUGCAUCUCCUGCUGGUCGUCUGAUGUUUCUCUGUUGCAGGAUGAUGCUGAUGUCGAGUGGAAGUUUGCCCGAGCCAAACUGUGGUUCUCAUAUUUUGAGAACGGUGGCACACUCCCCGUACCCUUCAACCUUGUCCCCAGCCCCACGUCUGUGGUUUCCCUCUUGCUGGGGUUAAAAGAGUUCCUCUGGGACACACCUGCAGGAAAAAAGAAAGAAAAUUCACACGAUGAGAUGGAGCUGAGCAGGGUGAGGAAACAGAGUAAACAGCUGAAUGCAUUUGCAACAACACUGAGGAGCUGUGUUUGGUGAUACUGACCAACAGCGCCCUCUUGUGUUAGAAUCACAAACCGCAGUGCCAACAUGGCUUCUCUUUUCUCUGUUUUUAAUCUCAGCUGAAGCAACAAGAAGAUCUAAAUCUGGAGGCAACACUUCGCCCGACUCACCACCAAGUACAACUGCUGCUUUCAUUAGCUUAUGUUGAUUAAUUUGCACAUAACUGUUCUGUAGAGUUCAGUUUUCCUUCCUCUUAAUAAGAGGAAAAAACACACUUUCUAUAAUCAACGACUAACAUUAAAAUAAACUACCAGAUGUUCUCAUUUUUCCUAGUUUGAUAAAUAAUUGCCUCGUCAGUUUGAGACUAAAACCUCUUUUUUAUUUCAGAAGAUAAUGAACCGCCUCAUCAAAAGACACAUCCUGAAAGCACAGAGAGAUAAAGACAACGAUGAAGUGAACGAAGGUGAGUUUGGCGGCGCUGUAAAAAUGUCUGGAUCUGCGAAUGAUGAGGAUUAAUCUGAGAGUGUUUCACAGGAGAACUGAAGGAGAUCAAACAGGACCUGUCCAGUCUCCGCUUUGAGCUGCUGGAACGAGGGGACCAUGACGUGGAGACGCUGGCAAAGCUCAUCAGGCAACUCGGACAAGUCAUACAUCAGCAGGAGAAGAAAAAACAGAACAGUUAG